AUGGCGUCUCCCCCGCCCUUCGACCUCUGCAGCGACCUCGACGACGACGACAUCGACGAACCCGUCACCGCCGUCCCCAAGGAUCGCCAUCUCCCUGCCGCCGCCCCCACACCCAACGGCCUCAACGACCACCUCCUCCGCUUCACCCGCAGCUUCCAGCGCCCCACCCAAAACCCUAACCCUAGCCCCAAUCCGCAACCGCCUCCGCCUCCGCCUCCAGAAGCGGCCGCCGAAGAACAAGUCGGGAAGGUCAAGCUCGCCGGCCGCCGCCGCCUAUGCAAGCUCGCCGCCACCGCCACCGCCACUCAGCAAGUGGAUGAGGAGGAGGUGGAUGGCGACAACCAGGACGACGGCGAAAGCAUAUUCGACAUCCUAGAUGACCUCAUCACCCGAUUCGACUCUCUAUCCGUCCAGAAACCCGGCCCCACCGAGAGGCCCAGGACACAGCAGCUCGCCCCUCUGCCCUGCGCCAUCACCGUGGACGACCUAGAUGACCAGAGCGCAGAUGAUGGGGAUGCCCAUCCCGGCGCCUCCUCGCCCGUUCAAAUUUCUUGUUCUGAUGAAGCUACGGUCACCACCAGACGCCCUCAGGUCAAGAUUGAAACUACUUCAGUCUCGUCAGCCUGUACCCAUUAUGCCAGUGAUGACGUCCGUGGCAAGGGGAAGAACAAAGGGACCGCCAAGGAUGUUGGGAGGCUAAACAGGGUAUCAAAGACCUCAUCCUUUGUUGAUUCUUAUUCCGACUCUGAUUAUGACAACUGUGGGGAGGACCAAGGAACAGGAACAGCUUAUGCUGUUAAGCAGGUAAGAAACAAGGCACUCACAAGGAGACCACCCAAGAUCUCAACAUUCAGGAACAAUGACGUCAGUGAUGAUGAGCUGGGUCAGGAGAAGGAGAAUCUUGGAGCUGCUGAGAACAAUGCUGAGGAUGUUGGAUGGGAGAAGACGGAGGACUUCAAGAUGGAUCCAACUGGAACUGCUGCAACAUCCAAGCCAUACAAGCUCCCAGGACAGAUAUUCAAGAUGCUUUUCGCCCACCAGCGUGAGGGCCUCCGUUGGCUCUGGGUUCUGCACUGCAGGGGAACCGGAGGAAUCCUAGGGGAUGACAUGGGCCUUGGCAAGACAAUGCAGGUUGCUGCAUUUCUGGCUGGAUUGUUUCAUUCUCGUCUAGUCAAGAGGGUGCUCAUUGUUGCUCCAAAGACACUUCUGGCUCAUUGGACCAAGGAGCUUUCAAUUGUUGGCCUUAAAGAGAAGAUCAGAGACUACUCUGGCCCUAGCACAAAUAUUCGCAGUUAUGAACUCCAAUAUGCCUUCAAGGAGGGUGGUAUCCUCCUAACCACCUAUGACAUUGUCCGGAACAACUACAAGCUAAUAAGAGGCAACUCCUACAACAAUGUUGAUGAUGAUGAGGAAGGAACAUUGUGGAAUUACAUAAUUCUUGAUGAGGGGCAUCUAAUAAAAAACAAUAAGACACAAAGGGCCCAAAGCUUGUAUGAAAUACCUUGUGCCCAUCGCAUUGUGAUCAGUGGGACACCUAUUCAAAAUAACUUGAAGGAAAUGUGGACUCUGUUCAAUUUUUGUUGCCCAGAUGUCUUGGGUGAUAAACAACAGUUCAAAAUAAGGUUUGAAACGCCUAUCCUUCGAGGAAAUGACAAAAAUGCUACAGCUCGAGAGAAGCAUGUAGGCUCAAAUGUGGCAAAGGAACUAAGAGAGCGAAUCAAACCAUACUUUUUGCGACGCAUGAAAAGUGAAGUUGUCUUUGAUACUGGUGCAUCAGAAGAAAAAACAUUAGCCAAGAAGAAUGAGCUAAUUGUCUGGCUGAAGUUAACACCAUGCCAGAGGAAACUAUAUAAAGCUUUUCUGAACAGUGAGUUGGUUCAUUUAGCGUUGCAGCCAAAGGCGUCACCGUUGGCUGCAAUCACAAUAUUGAAGAAAAUCUGUGAUCAUCCACUGCUAUUGACUAAGAAAGGUGCUGAGGGUGUCUUGGAAGGAAUGGAUGAAAUGUUGAAUGAUCAAGACAUUGGAAUGGUAGAAAAAAUGGCCAUGAACCUUGCAGAUAUGGCUCAUGAUGAUGAUGCACUGCAAGUUGGUCAGGAUGUCUCAUGCAAGCUAUCAUUCAUCAUGUCCUUGUUGCGGAACCUUGUUGGAGAGGGGCAUCGUGUUUUAAUAUUUUCACAGACUCGUAAAAUGCUAAACCUUGUUCAGGAAGCCAUAAUAUUAGAGGGCUAUGAGUUUUUGCGCAUUGAUGGCACCACCAAGGUUUCUGAGCGGGAAAGGAUUGUGAAGGACUUCCAAGAGGGUCGUGGAGCUCCAAUUUUUCUGCUAACAACACAAGUUGGUGGACUUGGACUUACACUCACCAAGGCAGCUCGCGUCAUAGUAGUUGAUCCUGCAUGGAACCCUAGUACAGACAAUCAAAGUGUUGAUCGUGCUUACCGAAUUGGACAGACCAAAAAUGUGAUUGUAUACCGCUUGAUGACAUCUGCGACCAUUGAAGAAAAGAUAUACAAAUUACAGGUUUUGAAGGGGGCUCUGUUCAGGACAGCUACGGAACAAAAAGAGCAAACACGUUACUUCAGCAAGAGUGAUAUUCAAGAUCUAUUUAGUUUGCCACAACAAGGAUUUGAUGUUUCCCUCACGCAGAAGCAGUUGCAAGAAGAGCAUGGUCAACAAGUUGUUAUGGAUGAGUCCUUGAGGAAGCAUAUACAGUUUCUGGAGCAACAAGGAAUAGCCGGUGUGAGCCAUCACAGCCUCCUAUUCUCUAAAACUGCAACCCUGCCCACGUUGAGUGAGAAUGAUGCACUGGACAGCAAACCUCGUGGCAUGCCCAUGAUGCCCCAGCACUAUUACAAGGGAUCCUCAUCUGACUAUGUCGCCAGCGGGGCAGCUUUUGCGUUGAAGCCAAAAGAUGAAAGUUUCACUGUUCGAAAAUACUCUCCAAGCAACAGAAGCGCAGAGAGUCUUGAAGAGUUAAAGGCGAGAAUCAACCGGCUUUCACUGACCCUCUCCAACGCUGCGCUGGUGUCGAAGCUACCAGAUGGUGGUGAGAAGAUAAGGAGGCAGAUAAGCGAGCUGGAUGAGAAGCUGGCUUCUGCUGAGAAGGGGCAGAAGGAGGAGGCCACUGAAGUGAUUUCCUUGGAUGAUCUGAUUACAGAUAUGAAGAACAUAACAGUGCCCAUUUAG